AGAUAAAUUCAUCAUCAGAUUUUGUUAGUCGGUCGUUGUGGUUGGUCGUGUUUUUGCUUUUCUUUCUCUGCGGGAACUGUCAAAAAAAAGGGAAUUUUUUUUUUUGUAGGAAAUCUUUUCUUUGUAUCUUGCAAAAUUGCUAAAGUUUUCCAUAUUUUUAAGCGCUAUAAACUUAUCACAAGAAAAACGUUUAGAUAGAAUAACAUGCGAUCGGAAUAGAAUAUUAUAAGCUCUAUAAGAAAAUAUAUAUAACUCCCAUGUGUCAACAAAAGAAAAAUUGAAAAAAAUAAAAAUUCAAGAGGGCGCUGUGUGUACAUUUAAAGAAAAAAGUGAAAAUUUCCUCAUAUAUUUCCAUUAUCUUCCUCUCAAAUUUGUAUCUUUGUGUUAUACAUCCCCGAAAAAGGUAUCACAAACAAAAAAAAAAACAGUGAAUGACCAGGAAAGACAAAAAAAAAAAAAAUAAAUAAACAAAGCGAAAAAGGUUUUUGUAGAAAGAAAUUAUAUUUUUCUGGAUUUUAUUUCAUUUUUAUUCCAUCGAACUUUGUUCAAGUGCAAAAUUGUUUUCAUUGUGGUGAAUUUGAAAAUAUGAAUUUUGGUGAAUAGGGAAGAAAAAAUUGAAUAAACAAAAACAAAUUACAUAAAAAACGCACGCCUUUUCUUCUGUUUUGAGGUGUUGUUGUUGUUCGGGACAGUUUUUUUUUUGUAUUGUUGUUGUCAGCAGUAAAAGUCGACGGACGGGAUAUUAGAUUGUUUUGUUGUUUGAGAAGAAAAAAAAAUCACCAGUGUGGUGAAUAUAAAAAAAAAAAAACAAAAAUACAAAAAUGCCUGAAACGGAUUAUGAUUUUGUAUCCAAGGAAUGGCUACAAACCGAGCUGCGCUCGGAUGUUAAAGAUUUGAUCCUAUUGGACUGUCGCAGCUCAAAUGAGUUCAGUGAAUCACAUAUUCGAUCUGCGGUAAAUUUUUCAAUACCUAGCAUAAUGAUGCGUCGUUUGGCAGCCGGAAAAAUUGAUUUGUUAUCAACAAUUAAAUCACCGGAUUUGAAGGAACGCAUUCAAAAUGGAUACAAAGUCAGUUUAUUCAUUUUGUAUAAUGACAGUAAUUUGUUGAGUGGUGGUGGGAAUGCUGUUGGUGGUGGUAUGGUAUCAUCAUCAUCACCUGAAAGCGGGGGCGGCAAUGGAGGAAGUAGUAGCAAUGGCAGUGGCAGUGGUGGAGUUGCAAUGGACAUUGGUGGUGCUGCUGCAUCAGUGGCAGCAACAGCAAGCAAUGGUAGUGAUGCGACAAUCAACGUGUUGCAUCGCCGAUUAAAACAAGAUGGAUGUCGUGUGGUUACAUUGCAAGAUGGUUUUUCAAAUUUCCGGGAUGCAUUUCCGGAAUGGUGUGAGGAUGAUAGCAAUCAACAGGAAAUGGAAUCUAGUCGUGGUACACAAGCUGAUCAACUAAUGGGUUUGAGAUCAUUGAGGAUAUCAACACCUCAUUCAGAUUCAGCUUGUAGUAGUUCAGCUGAAUCGUCAGAUUGUGAAAGUACAACACAUCAUAAUUUUAACGAAGCUCCUGUCGAAAUAGUGCCGGGACUUUUUUUGGGCAAUGCAUCACAUAGUGGUGAUUCAAGGGCAUUACAAAAAUAUAAUAUUAAAUAUGUUUUGAAUGUAACACCUGAUCUUCCAAAUGUAUUUGAGGCUUCCGGAGGUAUACAGUAUUUACAAAUUCCAAUAACGGAUCAUUAUUCACAAGAUUUGGCUAUGCAUUUUCCAGCAGCUAUACAAUUUAUUGAAGAAGCCCGCUCUAAAAAUGCCGCCGUGCUGGUUCACUGCCUGGCUGGUGUUUCACGCUCUGUCACCGUAACACUCGCCUAUUUAAUGCAUACGCGUGCCCUCUGCCUAAAUGAAGCCUUUACUUUAGUACGCGAUCGCAAACCUGAUGUUUCACCAAAUUUCCAUUUCAUGGAACAACUUCACUCAUUCGAACGUCAACUUCGUCUCAGUCCCAACGAAACAAUUCUAAUGGAUGCCUCAAGCAGUUGUGUCAGUGACCGCUAUCAUGCAUCACGCGGUGGUAAUAAAUUUACAUGCAAUUGUAUUGCGAGCGAUUGCAAAUGCAUGCAAACAAGUGGUUUCAUUGCGAAUGUCAAAGCAACCGGAGUCUCACCAGACUCUGGUAUUGAAUUCGACCGAUGGACACCGUCCUCCGAUACAGGACUAAAAUGAGAUCAACUUGUAGGAAAGAGUUUUGUUCUGCCACCUACUGCUGGUAGUGAAGAACCGGUGGCACAAGCUGCCGAUAAUAUGUCGCCCGCGUCAACGACAUCAUCGUCGACAACAACCACCGCCGAGGCGGUGUCAGUUGUUGAAAAUGUUGCCACUGGAUCGCCACCCAUACGAUCACCAGCAGCAGUGACAGCAGCUACAUCUAUGCGUCAUGCCGCAAAUUCAUUAUCAUCAUCAUCAAUUGUUGUAACACCGAAUAAUUCGUCAAUGUCAAAUGUUGAUGAAGAAGCAGAAGAAGAAGCACCUGAAUUGGAUGAAGAUGGCGGCGAGCAGAAGGAGCAGUAAACAAAACUUUUUCCUACUCGAUUGGUUGUUGUUGGCUUGGCUAAUAAUAGAACAAAAAAUUACAAAACACAUAUAUAAACAAAAAAUCAUACAUAAUUCAAAAAAGAAAAUAUUUAAAAGCUGUUUACACAUGAAACAAAAAAUCAUAUAUUUUUUAAUGUUUAAAUUUGUGAGUGAGUAAAAAAGAAGAAAAAAACAAAAUAAAAACAAAUUUCAUAUAUAUACAACAUAAAUAUAUAUAUAUUAUUAUAUACACGCCACAAAUGCUAAUAUUGUUAAAAAUAUUUAAAAUUAAACAAAAAAAAAACUAUAUUUAAAAAAUAUAAACAAGUAAUAUUACUUUAUAUAUAACAAAUUAAAUUGUUAACUCUCACGUCAGUAAG